UGGUGUAACAUUGACCGAUGGAACACAGAGACAGAAACCUAACCUCAUCUCUGUGAAGGAGAAAUUAAUCAAAACAACAAUGGUGAUAAAAUAUAUUGGUCGGACACAUACCUUUAAGGGCAAACCACUAUGGGAGAUAUUAGGAAAUUUGAAGAACCAUGGCGUAGGUAGAAUCGUAAUACGAAGUGCUCAACAAAAAUAUCCUGAAGCAUCUUACAUGAGGAUAAUGAAAGUUGUUGCCCUACCAGAUACUUCAAAACAUAUACAUGACCCACGGAAAGUGAUGGUAUUGGUGGAAAAAGUUUUCAGAGGUCAAAAAUCUCCUACGCUAGUACAGAUGGAUGGAGCAACCUAUAAACCAGAUUACGUGUUGAUUCCCAAGGAUCAAGAGGCAAAAUAUAUAAAUGAAACUAAAGUACCGGAGCUAAGACUCAUGCCACGAACAACUGACUUUCCUCCUCUUUUGAAAAAGAUAUUAAUAGAGAAGCAAGGAAAAGAUACUCCUGAUUUAAAACUAAAAAUUGUAUAUAGUACUUUAGGCAUUAAAAGUUACAGAGUUGCCGAAGAAGAUGAAACUCCUACGGUUGAUAUAAAAGUGGGAUUAGGAAACCCAGUAAGUCCUUGUUUAUACAACAAUACCAAGCAGAAGGAUGCAUCAUGAAUAUGAUUCAAUAUGUGCAUUGUUAUCUUGUAAUUUAAUAAUAAAGAUUAAGUAUUUUUUAAUUGGAAUUUCUCCAUAUGAUCUUAGAUUUAAAAUGUGCGUUUUUCAUUUAAUAUUCGCAUUGGAUUAUAUGUGUGCGCAAUCGACGACCGGUAUUUUUCACAACGAAUAAAAUCUUUGUCGAUUGUUUCAUGCUUUCUAUCGUCUUGUUUGUUAUCUACAAGCAAAUUAAAUCAAUUAAUAUCAUUAUCACUACAAAUCCGUAAUAAAACAUACCUAAAAGUCUUUGAAACUGUACAGAAUAAAUCUCCUUUUUGCCAAA